GAAAGUAACUCCAGGACGAGACCGGAGCGACCCGCGCGCAUCGAGCACUAGGCGACGGGGCUGCGCCGGGCGCCCGACACCGGCGGCUGCGGGGGGCGGGGGCUGCGCCGGUGCCCGAUCCACCGCUCCGGCUCCGAGCAGUGUUCUGGGAAGAAGGGUCGUGGUCCACCACAGAUGCGUUUGUCAGAGGGAGCAGUGGAGAUUCGGGUCAAGGCUUAAGGCCUGGGGCUUCCAAUGAUACUCUGGGCAGGGAUGGAAGCCUAGAUGCCUCACCGCAAGGAGCGGCCGAGCGGGUCCUCGCUUAACGCACACGGCAGCAGCGGCACCGCGGAGGGAGGAAAUAUGUCCCGGCUGUCACUCACCCGGUCGCCUGUGUCUCCCCUGGCUGCCCAGGGGAUCCCACUGCCAGCUCAGCUCACCAAAGCCAACGCACCUGUGCACAUCGAUGUGGGAGGUCACAUGUAUACCAGCAGCCUGGCCACACUCACCAAGUACCCUGACUCCAGAAUAAGCCGUCUCUUCAACGGCACGGAGCCCAUUGUCCUAGACAGUCUCAAGCAACAUUAUUUCAUCGACCGGGAUGGGGAGAUUUUCCGCUACAUCCUGAGUUUCCUGCGGACGUCCAAACUGCUGCUUCCAGAUGACUUCAAGGACUUCAACCUACUGUAUGAGGAAGCGAGGUACUACCAGCUGCAGCCCAUGGUGCGUGAGCUGGAGCGCUGGCAGCAAGAGCAAGAACAGCGACGUCGUAGCCGGGCCUGUGACUGCCUGGUGGUGCGGGUCACCCCUGACCUGGGUGAACGGAUCGCACUCAGUGGAGAGAAGGCCCUCAUUGAGGAGGUCUUCCCGGAGACCGGAGAUGUCAUGUGCAACUCUGUCAACGCUGGCUGGAACCAGGACCCCACGCACGUCAUCCGUUUCCCUCUCAACGGCUACUGUCGACUCAACUCGGUGCAGGUCCUGGAAAGGCUGUUCCAGAGAGGGUUCAGCGUGGCCGCCUCCUGUGGGGGUGGUGUGGACUCUUCCCAGUUCAGCGAGUACGUACUUUGCCGGGAAGAGCGGCGACCGCAGCCCACCCCAACUGCUGUCCGGAUAAAGCAGGAGCCCCUGGACUAGGCAGGCGCUGCCUCGGUGCCCACCUAAGACCCCUCGGUCCUGGGGCAACCCCAAGGACAUGGAAAUAGUGCUGAGGAGCCCUGCCUGUUUGCGCUGCACAGUAGGCCCAAGACUGAGGGCGGGAACGGAGGGUCUGAGCUCACCCCCGGGAAUGCCAGGUGCGGAGGUAACCGGUCGAGGCGUGCCGGAGGCAUGCCCACGGAAGGACUGUUAAUAUGACCGGGAGAUGCCGCGGCUGCUGCAAGGGUGCCGCCAGCUUCCCAGCCCUCCCACUCCUCAGCAUCCUCUGGUACAGCAUCCUCCGCUGGGCCAGUCACUCCAGAGCAGCUGUUUAUCCUCCACACUUGGCAGACAUAUUUUUCUACAGUAUUUAAAACAGGACUAACUGUCACUGCACAGGUCGGCAAGGCUAACGAGGACCAUUGCUGCUUUUACCUGGUGCUCAGUUCUCAGUCCAACUGUUCAGCAAGCAAAGGAUGGGAUGCCGGCAUUCGGGCCCAGGUGCCUGCUGGGGCUGUGGGGACAGAUGUGGGGUGGCGGUGCUACAGGAGGUGGAACAGGGUCCUGGAGGGGCAGGGCAGCUGGGAAGAGGGCAAUGGGGGGGGCGCGGUGUGACUCUGUGACUUUUAUCUGAGACACUCUGCUGCCACCUGUGUCCCAGAAUGCACUUGGUGCACACCUGACCUGCUAACGCCCAGGGGCUUCCAAUCCCAACUGACUGUGCUCACAUCUGGGUUCUUGGAGAACUCUCCACCCACCCAGUCAGCAUGGGAAUCACAGCUUAUCUCAGGAAUGGGUCCUUCUACCAAGGGACCCAUCUGUCAGCAUCACUCUCUGGGUCCCCAGCUCAGGGAACCACCCUCCACUCUAGCUCCAGUUUUCCCAUUCAUAUGCACAUCAAGUGUUAAUUAAAUGUCCUAAAACUAGCCUGUCUGUAAGGCCCAGACCCAGACUUACCUAGUGCUCUUAACCCCAGUUUUCCAACAAGGACUGGUCCUGAGAGGUCCUCACAGAUCUGCCCUCUCCCAGAGGACAGGCCCAAAAGAUGGAUACCCUGGCCUUGUCACAUCUCCCUUAGUUCCUCCCAAGUGGAGGAACGGCAGAGAACUGACAGAUGGGGUGCCCUGGCCGGCACCCCCUUGUGUACAGCGCCUGUAGAACUUGUAUAUGACUCCUUUAAUAUUGUAAAGACGCUGAUGUACAAUUGUUCCGUGUUUGUGUGAACACACCGCGUUCCCGGUUCAUGCCAUAAAGGACGCUAUAAAGCAAAA